AUGAAUCCUUGCAUCAGUAAUCUUGAUGAAAUCAAUCCUACCACUCAUAACUGGAAAGUUGUUGUCAGAGUCAUUAGGGUGUGGAUUACAGAAGAUGAAGGAGAAGGAAAUCAUCCAACAACCUAUAAUUUGUUGUUGAUGGAUCGAAAGCGUCGUCCCGCCGCAAUCCUGGUUGCGACAGUUGGCGACUCUGCUGGGGAAUACAGUUCAAGAGUCAGGCCUAUCAUGGUUAAUUGUGUGAUUUUCUUGAUGGGUAGUAAUAGGGAUAAAGGUUUGUAUGCUCCCUACACACACCACACUAAUCUAUGUGACGGUAAUAAAGCACCGCCCGAUGGUUUUAACAUGACUUUCUAUAAGGAGUUUUGGGCACUCAUCAAAGGGGAUCUUGUGAAGGUAUUUCAUGACUUUCAUAGUAAUGGCAAACUUGUCCGUGGGCUUAAUGCGGCUUUCUUAGCAUUAAUCCCAAAGAACCAUAACCCGAGCUCGGUUGGAGACUUCCGACCUAUUAGCCUCAUAGGAAGUAUCUACAAAUUGAUUGCAAAAGUCUUAGCUAAUCGUCUCCAAACUGUGAUGCAUGUGCUGUUAACAAAGAACCAGUUUGCUUUUACAAAGGGCCGUCAAAUUGCAUAUUGUAUUUUAAUGGCAAACGAAGUUGUUGAUGCUAUGAGGAAAAGAGACCAAGGGGGCCUUCUUUUGAAACUUGACUUCGCCAAAGCAUACGAAAACAUCGACUGGUCCUUUCUUCUAAAUAUCAUGAGAGAUAUGGGUUUUGGGGCCAAGUGGUGCCUUUGGAUCCAUGGGUGUGUGUCAACGGCUACCUUAGCGGUGUUGGUCAAUGGAUCUCCUACUGAUUUCUUCGAGAUUGAAAAGGGGCUUCGACAAGGAGACCCACUCUCUCCUCUCCUAUUUAAUCUGUGUGUGAAUGCUUUAUCUUGCAUGUUAAAUUUACUUCUGGUGGAGGAUAUUCCAUGUGGAUUCCCGGUUACGGAUGGUUUUGCCUUGAACCAUUUACAAUUUGCGGAUGAUACGCUAAUUGUGUGCGAAAAUGACUCAAGUCAAUUGAGUAGAAUCAGUGCAACAUUAGAAGUAUUCCUCUGGUUCUCAGGAUUGAAGGUCAACUUCACAAAAACCUUCUUGAUAGGAUGCAAUGUGACACAGGAGAGAGUCAUUGAGCUGUCAAAUAUAUUUGAAGUAUGCGCAGGUGGUUUGCCCUUUGUGUACCUGGGAGUGCCCCUAGGAGAUAAUCCGAGGAGAAAGUCUUUUUGGAAUCCGGUGAUUGAAAAGAUGAGGCUCAAACUAGGUAAAUGGAGAUCCAAAUUUCUAUCGCUUAGUGGGAGACUAGUCCUCCUCAAAGCGGUUAUUGCAUCAAUUCCUAUCUACUACAUGUCAAUAUUCAAAGCUCCGGUGGGUGUAGUGGGAGAGUUUGAAAAGCUGAUGCGCUCCUUCCUUUGGGGAAGCUUAGAAGGGAACCGAAAGAUAGCUUGGAUUGCUUGGGAACAGAUUUGCAGGAACUCGCAGUUGGGAGGUCUUGGUAUUGGUUUUCUGGCGUGGAGGAACAAAGCCUUACUCUUGAAAUGGGCUUGGCGAUUUGGGAGAGAAAGGGAUUCUUUUUGGAGACAAAUGGUGUGCCAUAAGUAUGGGUGGGAUGAGAAUUUGUUGGUCUUGCAUCUAGUGGUGGAUAGAUUCAACAUGUGUUCAACGGUGUUUCAAGACAUUCUCAAAGUGCUAUCGGAAGACACUAUUCUAGCCAAAGAGUUUCGCGAUCAGAUUCGAUGUGUAAUUGGACCGGGUCGAUCAGUGCGAUUUUGGCUAGACCCAUGGGUUGAUUCUGCCCCUCUCCAUAUAUCUUUCCCCCGAAUGUUUGCUCUAUCUAAUAACAAGAAUGCUUUAAUUAGUGAGGUGGGACACAACCAAGGGCGAAAAUGGAACUGGCAAUUGGAGUUUCGUAGAGAGUGUUUUGGAUGGGAGAAAGAUGAGGAAGGAAGAUUUUAUGCCACUGUGAAUUCAUAUCUGCCUAGUGCUGGUCGAGAUGUAAUCCUAUGGAUUGGUGAUCAUAAAGGGCUAUUCUCAGUCAAAGCUAUUUGCGAAGCUAUGGAAUUACGCCUCUUAUCUCCUUUGCCUGGUGUUUGGAACAUUCCUAAACGACUCUGCAAAAUUAUUCCACCAAAAAUAUCAUUGUUUCUUUGGCAAGCGGUUUAUAAUAAAAUUGCUGUCAAGAGUAAUCUAGUGGAAAGGGGUAUGACAUUGGAAAAUGAAGGGCGCUGUAGUUUGUGUGGUUUGGUAGUUGAAUCAGUAACACAUUUGAUGUUAGCUUGUGAGAAGACCUACCCUUUAUGGUAUGGUGUACUUCACCGAGAGGGGGUGACAUGGUGCUGCCCGAGGACCGUUAUAGAUUUACUGGAUGAGUGGCCAGAACUAAGGGCAAAAUAUGAUACUGGUCUAUGGGAUUUGAUUCCUUAUUCACUUUGCUGGUCUAUAUGGCUAGGACGUAAUGAUCUUAUUUUUCAAGACAAGGAAUUCAAUUUGGAACAGAUAUGGGACCUGCACAUUUCUCGGAUUGCUUGGUGGAUUAAAGCUUGGUGGCGGGAGUGCCCGUACAGUAGCAGCGAUUUCCUAUUGAAUUUUGAGGAGAUUAGAUUGAAACCUCCAAAGAUUAGAAGUCACAGCAAUCAUUGGACACCACCCGCGGGGAUUCUUAAAUUCAAUGUCGAUGGCUCCUCACAUGGUAUGCCGGGAAGGAGUGGCAUUGGAGGCAUUCUUAAGGAUUCAGAACGCCAAACCAGAGGUAUUUUUUCUAAAGCUACUGGGGACCUUUGGGCUUAUGAGGCUGAAGUGAAAGCAAUCCUUCAUGCUCUCAUGUUUUGUCACCAAUUUCAGUUGAGGCACAUCUUAAUAGAGAGUGAUUCUGCAUUAGCUGUAGGAUGGGUCAAUAACAAGGUUAAUAGGCCUUGGAAGAAACAAAAAGUGUAUCUUUGGCAUCCUUACAGGACCCGAUCUCAGGCUAAGAUCAUGGAUGACCUUGAACGCAGCAAUGCAGAGUUGAAGGAGGAAGUGAAUCAGCUUAAGGAACAAAUGUCCAAGCUCAUGGAGUUUAUACAAGAAGCUGCGAAGAAGGACAAUGAAACGCCGUCAUCCACUCCUGACAAUCCACCUGGCUUUUCUCCUGCCCAUGCUCAAGGGGUAGUCAUGUCGUUGACAGUGCAGUCUCGCAGGCCCUUCCAACAAGUUUCUCAGUCGCACGAUGUCCAGUUUUCACCUUAUGGUCUUCCUCCAGGCUAUACACCGCCUUUUGUUGUCGACCCCACAGACAGUAACCCACCGGCCACUGCCCAGCUUGGCCCGACUCAGUCACAGGGUCUGCUCAACAAUGUCGUGGGAGCACCUUAUGCUAAUGUCCCUCCAUAUGUUGUCGCACCAAAACAGGUGCCACUCCCAAAUACGAGCCAACAAGACAUGACUCACGUCUAUUAUCCCCCGCACUCUCUAACUGUUCCUGUGCCAAAUUACUCGGCUGAGGUGGACUAA